AACUUGCGGAAGUAUCCGAGAAAGAUGUGAGCGUACUCGCGCGAGAGAUACUGGCGAGUUCACGAAAAUCGCAGCACCGCUUUCGCCCGCAACUUCGGUACAAGUUGAAUCACCUAGUGUCGCCGCUCUUGCAAACGCGUCGAGUAAACGCGGCACGGCAAGAUGAAGAGGCGAAAUAUGUAAAUGCCAGCGCGCGUCGCGAACACUCCCGCAAGAUCGAUCGCAGGCGAUCCGAGGCGAUAUUGAAACUCUUGAGCAAACUCAAAAUACGCAAGUCAUCGAAGAGUCAGUCGCGGUUCAACGAUUGCAAAUCCGCGACCUCCAACAUUAGUCAUGCUGGAGACACGAUGAGUCCACCGUCGCGUCGCGAAAAUGCGGUCACUAAAGAACCGGUCAGUUCGACGGUCGUUGCGAAAAAUAAACCGGAAGCAAAAGCCCCGGUCAUAUCCUACGAUUACGAGGCAGCGAUUAGCCAGCCCGACGUGCCCAAGGUGUACUCAAAAAUCGACGAUGACACGCAAAACGCGAGCUGGUCGGAGCCCAGCGACGAAUCGUCGGCGCCGACCAAGAGGAGAGAUCUUUACGUUUUCGGGAAAGCGAGUGUAACUACUAAGAAAAGAGGAAUUGCUUUUAAAUCGAAGAUGCAAGCGAAAAAGGUUACGAAAACUCGUCCGUCGAUCUGCAACGUCGCCGAGAUUGAAAGCGAGUCGAUACCUUCCUCGGAAAUUAUCCGAGACGUUGAAAAUCACGGGCAGGAAAUUAGCGACGACAUUGUUACGAAUCGCCAAACGCCGUCUAAUUUUCACCAAGUUCGUUUUGGUAAAAUAUUUCUUUCUGUACUAAUUUUGCAAUUAAUUCGUGUAAUAUUUAGAAAAAACAGGUGCAUUCUCGAGACGCUCCAAAGACGGGAAUCGCAAAAAAAGAGGAAAAUCUUGCGAGCGAAGCUGCCGGCGUAUUUCCAGGAAAUUCUGAUAAAACUGAUAAAGCCAGGAGAUCGCGUAUCCCUCAAAAUAGGAUCAGCAAAAUUCCGCGCGUGAAACUUCCGAUAAAACCCAAUUCCUUUCUAUCUACGCAUGGAGACUCGCGCAUUUAUCCGGUACAAUUGCGUAUUUGCAUUUGUUGAAACGGAGUAUUUAAAUAUGUUUCAGUACGUACGUUUUCAAAUAAUUUUAAUUAGCAGAACGCAGAAUUGUCAGUGAGGAAUGAAUUGAGAUGCUCCACGGAUAUGAAAUCCAAAGACAAUAAAGAGGAAAAAUUAAUAUUCGAGGGAUCUUUGGACUGUGAAAAAUUAAAAGCCACGAUCAUCUCACCGGCAGUCCGUGAAAACACGAGUCUCUGGUGUCCCGGAAAAAGCUCGGAGAUGGAUGCCGACGAAGAAUUCGAGGGGGAUCUGCCGACACCGAGGGCGGAA